AUGUGGGGCUUGGAUGGGCUCUCGUCGUACUCGACACCCGCCGGCAUGCCGCCUCCGCGACGCGAUUCCCACUCGCCAGCUCCUCGAAGGGGCUACCCAGCUCCGGCGCAACCUGUCAGACCGGGGCUCAAUCCACGAUCGUCUUCGCUGACACCCCUCAUAUCGCCCAAUGCGUCGACUGCGAGCCUGCCUCUAUCCGCGCGUAUGCCAAAUGGAGGACUUCGUAGGCGGCAGACAGGCGGCAUCCCUCCCAACGUGCCAGAUCCCAUACACGUGUUAGAGUCCAUCAUGGGAGGGCUACCACGCAACUCGUCUGCGACGAAUGGGGAAGAGGUAGCGCGUACAUCUGGAAAGCCUGACGAGGUAGAGGAAGAUAUUGAAUUUGGGGAAUUGAGCUUGCACGAUUUCGUAGCGGUCAAGACUGCAGAACGACAGCAACCCACUUCUGUACAUACAUAUAGUACGCAGUCAGUCGAAGAAUAUGACAAAGACAAAGACAAGUUUGAGGACCUGCACAAAUCUAUAUUGGCGUGCGACGAGGUACUCAAGUCGGUCGAGGCAAACCUGACCAACUUUCAGUCCGAUCUCGAGGCCGUUUCUGCCGAGAUAGAAUCACUCCAGAACCGAUCUAUUGCCUUGAACACCAAGCUGGAAAACCGUAAGGUGGUUGAGAAGCUUCUGGGACCGGCGGUGGAAGACAUCAGUAUAUCACCAGCCGUCGUGCACAAGAUCGCCGAAGGCCCGGUCGACGAGGGUUUUGUGCGCGCCCUUACAGAGGUCGAGAAGCGGUCCAAGGCGGUCAACGAUAAAGCCAAAGAGAACCCAGAGUUGGCAGCCAUAAAGGACGUUAAACCACUGCUAGACGAUCUCAUAAAUCGCGCAGUCGAACGAAUACGAGACUAUAUAGUUGCUCAGAUCAAGGCCAUUCGCUCACCUUCUAUCAAUGCGCAGAUUAUCCAGCAGCAAGCAUUCCUGAAAUACAAAGACUUGUAUUCUUUCCUGGCGAAACAUCAGGCAGAGCUUGCACAACAGAUAGCACAGGCAUACAUAUAUACCAUGCGCUGGUACUAUCUCAAUCAUUUCAGCCGAUACAGAUCAGCGCUUGAGAAGAUCAAGGUACACGCCAUGGAUAGGUACGACGUACUGGGUGAAGAUCCCAGCGCUAGAAGGACUGGAACUUUGCUCGGUCAGUCUCGAAACGCACCAGUUGCCUACGACGCUUUCUCACUCGGACGACGCCGCGAUGCACUGAAGAGCUCUUCCGUCAAUGCUUUACCAGCCAAUGUCGCCGAAGAUGAAAAAUCACCCCACUAUUUGGAGGUGCCUUUCCGCAGCUUUAACCUCGCACUCAUCGACAAUGCAUGCUUCGAGUAUACCUUCAUUUCUACAUACUUCGCUCCAUCGCAAAAUUUCCAUGCGAUCUCGCGGACCUUCAACUCAAUCUUCGAGCCUACGCUAGCAGUUGGGCAAGCGGUUACAAAAUCGCUUGUGGAAGCAACAACGGAUACACUUGGGAUACUGCUUUGCGUACGACUAAACCAGCACUUUGCAUUCGAACUCCAACGCAGGAAGGUUCCAACAGUCGAAGGUUACAUCAACGCGACAAACAUGCUGCUAUGGCCACGGUUCCAGCAGGUUCUGGACAUGCACUGCACGUCGCUCCAGAAAGUCACAGCGUCUCUGCCAGGCCGCCCGUCAACCGGGGCUGCGUUGCUUGGCUCUAGCUCGUCCAAUGCAACCUCUACUGCGCCAACACCUCUCACACAGAAAUUCGCAAACCUACUCCAAGGCAUAUUGGCCCUCUCGUCGGAAGCAGGCGAUGAUGAACCUGUCAGCGUAUCUGUGGGUAGACUGAGAAGUGAGUACGAGGCCUAUCUUACGAAACUGAGCAAGGGUACUAGCGACGCACGGAAGAGAGAACGUUUCUUGUGCAACAACUAUAGCUUGGUAUGUACGAUCUUGGCAGAUGUUGAAGGAAAACUUGGGGAAGAAACGAGGGUACACUUCGAGAAGCUGAGAGAUGCUUUCGACAAGUAG